AUGGUCUUGGCCCGAAAUCUCAGGGAUGCAUUGCUUUGGGCCUUGAGGGACCUGGAGGAGAACGAUUUCAAGAUACUAAAGUUCCACUUGCGGGAUAUAAGCCUGGCUAUGGGCCCACCACAUCUGGCUCGGGGGGAGCUGCAGGGCCUGAGUCCGGUGGACGUGGCAUCCAGGCUAACCCUAAUGUAUGGGGCUCGUGAGGCUGUGAGAAUGGUGCUCAGGGCCCUGACGACCAUGCACAUGUUGGAAAUCGAGAAGCGGCUCAGACACGUUUAUCUGAACGAUUACAGAGAAAUAUACCGGAAGCAUGUGCGUUGCCUGGAGGAGAAGGGAGACCGGGGCGUCAAUGGCAGCUACAUCCAGCUGCUCCUGGUGGCGGCAUCUGGCUCAGAGUGCCCAGGAUCACCUCCCUGCCCCAGCCUGGAGCAGGAGCUGGCCACAGACCAGGUGGAGGUGGAGACUUUGUUUAGUCUAGGAGAAGAGCCCAGUCCAUCCCCAUCCUUAGUGGUGCUACGAGGCUCUGCAGGCACUGGAAAGACAACCCUGGUUAGAAAAAUGAUGUUGGACUGGGCCACGGGAGCCCUGUACACAGGCCGGUUUGAUUAUGUGUUUUAUGUGAGCUGCAGGGAAGGGGUUUUGUUUCCUACCGGUGACCUGCAAAGGCUCAUCUGCUGGUGUUGUGGAGACAAUCAAGCCCCUGUCACAGAGAUCCUGGAGCAGCCAGAGCGACUUCUGUUUAUCCUGGAUGGCUUUGAUGAGCUACAGAGGCCGUUUGACAGACACUUACAGAGGCGGAGGUCCAGUCCCAUGGAGAAUGUGCUACCCCUUUUAAUUCAGAGAAAGUUACUUCCCACCUGCUCCCUCCUAAUCACUACCAGGCCUCCUGCACUCCAGAGUCUGGAGCACAUGCUGGGGCAACAAUGUCACCGUCACAUCCAUAUCUUAGGCUUCUCGGAGGAAGAGAGGAAGAAGUAUUUCAGCCUCUUUUUUACAGACGAGGGACAAGCCAGGGGCGCCCUGGACCAAGUAUCUAGCAAUGCUGUUCUUUACAAAGCAUGUCAGGUUCCAGGCAUUUGCUGGGUGGUCUGCUCCUGGCUGAAGAGGCAGAUGGAACGAGGCCAGCUGGUCUUGGAGACACCCAGAAAUAGUACUGACAUCUUUACUGCCUAUGUCUCCACCUUUCUGCCCACUGAUGACGACCCUAAGGGCUCUGAGCUUACCAGGAACAGGGUCCUGAGGAAUCUGUGCUCCCUGGCAGUGGAAGGCAUCCAACAUCAGAGGUUCCUAUUUGAAGAAGCGGACCUCAGCAGGCACCAUUUACAUGCCCCCAGCCUUACUGCUUUCCUGAACUGCAAUGAUUAUCACGAAGGACUUGACAUGAAGAAAUUCUACAGCUUCCGACACAUUAGUUUCCAGGAAUUUUUUUAUGCCAUGUCCUUCCUGGUGAAAGAAGACCCCAGCCAGCCAGGGAAGGAGACCCUCAAAGAAGUGCAAAGGCUGCUGGGAAUAAAGGAGCAGGAAAAGUAUGAAGAGCUAACACUCAGCAUGCAAUUUUUAUUGGACAUACUGAAAUGUAAGAGCACUGUGAGGUUGGGCUUGAAGUUCUGCUUCAAAAUCUCUCCGACAGUCAUGAAGGAUCUGAAGCUUUUUACAGAACGAAUAGAAUCUAUAAAGCACCACAGAUCCUGGGAUUUGGAAUUCUCCCUGUAUGAGAAUAAAAUAAAGAACUUAGCAAAGGGUAUUCAGAUGAGUGAUGUCGUGUUCACAAUGGGUACAAAGGAAAAUAAAUCAAAUCAGAAGAAGAGACAGUGCAUCCAAUUCAGUUUAAGUAAUGACAGAGGAACAAAGAUGUUCUCUUCAGGCAAAGAUAAUAGAACCAGGGCACAAAAGGGGACUCCUAAUAUGAAAAGCAGGGGGUUAGAGUAUCUAGACCAGGAAGUUAGGAGUACCACACUGACAAGCAGAGAAAAGGGGGUGAUGGAGAUAGAGGGUAAGAACAAUGAUGAGGUGGAAAGACUGGAGGAUGAGGAAGGACAGAACUAA